GCUACCUUCGGAAUGGAAGUCCAGUGCAUCAGGAGGUGGGGUACGUACCGAACAAGCCAGCCUCAGCCGGUUACGUGGGUUUCAUUGACAGCAUCGAUAAGACAGACCUUGUCCAAAAUACUCCAUAGCAGAUAAGAUUUCUUAUAAUCAAACGCGGAAGAAAGAAAUACUUCUAUAUAGAGGAAAGAAGCUAUCAGAAUGAGUCUUUUUACUUGAUUACUCUUACAAUUACCUACCGUUUCUGAAGAUCCAGCUUUCUGCCCAGCUUCGAACCUCAGACCCAAAUAGGCUUAGCGCCACAUCAUGUGCUUGCUCCGGUUCUAAAAAAUUGGUUUAUCGCGACGACUAAAGCUUGCCGCUCCCGACGCUCAAACAGAGAAUAAACCCGACCUCGAGCAUUGACGACAUAAUAUCUUCCAUCUCUUGGUCUCCGACGUCACCAAGCAACAUCUAGAGCCCCGGACUUACUCGUUGUAAUUGAUACGGUGGGAAUAUAUCCGGUCUUUUGCUUAUUACGAUCCAAGCUAUAAACCUCCUCACCUACAUCAUCAAUCUCCAAAAUGGUGCAGCCCACCACUCUCGUAACGGCAUCCGUUGCUACCGCCGCCGCCGCCAUUGUCGGUUACGCCAUCUACUUUGACUACCAACGUCGAAACCAGGCCGAGUUCCGCCGAAACUUGAGGAGGAACGAGCGCAAGCAGGCCCGCGUCGCAAAGGAGGAGGCAGAGGCUUCUACCCAGCAACAACGUCAGAGCAUUCGCAUCAGAGUGGAGGAGGCCAAGGAGGAGGGGUUCCCUACUGGUGUCGAGGAGCGGGAAGCUUUCUUCAACGAGCAGGUCAUGGCCGGAGAGAUGCUCAGCCAAGAUCCUUCUAAGGCUCUUGAGUCUGCUUUGGCCUUCUAUAAGGGUCUCAAGGUCUAUCCUGCCCCCGGUGACCUGAUCCGAAUCUACGACAGCACUGUUCCCAAGCCCAUAUUAGACAUCUUGGCUGAGAUGAUCGCAUACGACUCAUCUCUCGACAUUCGAGCGCCCGCCGCUCCCGCAGGCAUCAAUCUCUCUGACAUUCCUAACGUUGGUCUCGAUUAAAGAGGGAUGUCAUCUGUCCGAGUUUCCUCUCCGCUCCUGGCACAUAUAUACCCAGACGUUGGAAAUGCUCUUGAAUUUUAACUCCCUUUCCCCCAAAUCUGUACCAUGAAAAGUCUGAACAACAGGCUUUCACAAAGAAAUGUCUAAUGGAGACCUGACGGCCUUCAAUGUACCAUAGUUCCGCUCUUCCAGCUUCCAUAGAGCUUUGUGUAAACAAAUGUACGUUGAAACGAAUAGGUUUAUGAACAACAAUUGCUGGCUGCAUUUCAGAAGCACAAUGCCUCAUGAGGAUGCCAACUAUUGGGGAAAGGAAGCCACAGGAUUUUCCCAAGAUACAUGCACCAUCCAAGACCAUUCGUGAUGAACAAGUUCGAUAUAUGCCUUGUGGCCUGUGACGUAAUAUGCAACAUGGUCGAUUGGAGGAACC